AUGUCAAAUAAAACCAGAGAAAAUAAUAAUAGUUCUCAAUCUACCACACAUAGUUUUCAACAAAUAAAUCAACAAACUCAGAACCCUUUUCCAGAAAAUGAGCCAAAUAACUCAAUUAAUACUCAACCUUCAUUAUCAAAUUCAACAGAAAUAGGACUAUUAAGAAGAAAUAAUUCAAACAUUUCCGAUUAUUAUAAAAACCAUCAAUUUUCUCCAGAUUUAUUUUUUCAUCAAAAUAAUUCAAAUAUUAAUAAUAACAAUAACAGUGUUGGAAAUUUUAAUUUAAAUAACUAUAAAUUAAAUAAUAUUAAUAAUUUUAAUAAUAAUAAUAAUAAUAAUAAUAAUAAUAAUAAUAAUAAUAAUAAUAAUAAUAAUAAUAAUAAUAAUAAUAAUAUUAGUAAUAAUAAUAAUAAUAAUAAUAGUAAUAACAAUAAUAAUAAUAAUAGUAGUAAUAACAAUAAUAAUAAUAAUAAUAAUAUUAGUAAUAAUAAUAAUAAUUAUAUAAAUAAUAUUAGUAAUAAUAAUAUUAAUAAUAGUAAUAAUAUUAAUAAUAAUAGCAAUAAUAACAUUAAUAUUAAUAACAAUAAUAAUAUUAAUAAUAAUAAUAACAAUAUUAGUGAUAGUAAUAAUAGCCACAACAAUUAUAAUAAAAAUAAUAACAACAAUACCUAUAUCAAUAAUAAUAAUAAUAAUAAUAAUAAUAAUAAUAAUAAUAAUAAUAAUAAUAAUAAUAAUAAUAAUAAUAAUAAUAAUAAUAAUGAUAAAAAUAAUACACCUGGAAACAGUAAAACUCAAAAUAGAUCAAAUAUCUUAGGAACUCUUAUUUCUCAAGUUUCAAAGUAUUCAUAUAUUUUAUGUGAUGAAUCAUGUUUCAUUUGCUUAAGGGGAACUCCUUUUUGCUUAGUGCCAAAAUCACCGUCUUGGUCCGCAAUUUUGUGGGUUGUUUUAUACACGCUACAUCAUUUAAAUCCAAAAAAAGAAUUUUUGAAUUUAAAGGAAGGAGUAUAUCCCUUAAUAGUAAGACACUGGACAAAGAUUUGUGGAAAUAGACCUGUUGAAAGUUUAAAUUGGAAAAAACAGAUCCAAGAUUCAUUAUCACAUUCAAAAAAAUUAUUUGAAUCUGGUGUUGAUGAAUUGGGAAUAAACGGUUAUUGGAGACUAAAAAAAAACUUAGAUCCUUGGAAAGAAGAAAGAUCAAUGCACUCUGUUAACCAAGUUGAAAUUGGCCCACUAAUUAUAAAUCGAGUUCUUCAAAGUGAUCCUUCCCCAAACCCAGAAAUCCCUUCUUCGAACAGAAACGAUAAUUUUGUAAAUAAUAGUGAUAAUAAUAUUAAUAAUCAAAAUAAUAAUUAUAAAAAUAAUGAAAAUAAUGAUGGUAAUAAUAAUAAUAACAAUAAUAACAAUAAUAAUAGUAUGAAUAAUUAUAAUAGUGGUAAUAAUCAUAGUAAUAGUAAUAGUAAUAGUAAUAGUAAUAGUAAUAGUAAUAGUAAUAGUAAUAGUAGUAAUUAUAAUAACUAUAAUUAUAAUAAUUAUAAUAGUUUUAAUCAUCAACCAAACAUUUAUCAAAAUGAGACAAACAUAAACCAAUUUAUACAAAUUAUUAAAGAUUUUGAAAAUAAUGUUUCAUAUUUUUCCAACAUAUCAAAUAUAAAUUUAAAUGAUUCACUUAACUUCAACCACAAUGAUAUCCUUUAUGUAUAUAAAUCAGCUCAAUUAAUAAAUGACGAGUUUGGGAAGAUAUACUCAAUAUUUAAUAACUAUAAACAAAGCAAUAAACUUCAACUACCAAUGAAUCAUAUAGAUGAACAAAACUUUUACAAUACUCAAGGAUAUUUAUACUCCCAACAAAAUCAAAACCAACCUUAUUAUCAAAUUCAAAAUAAUCAAUAUAAUCAAAAUAUUCAACACCAACACCAACACCAACAAAGCCAACAACACCAACAACAUCAACAACAACAUUUACAACAACAACAACAACAACAACAACAACAACAACAACAACAACAACAACAACAACAACAACAACAACAACAACAACAACAACAACAACAACAACAACAACAACAACAACAACAACAACAACAACAUCAAUAUGAGCAACAAAAUCAACAAAGUAUUUAUAAUUCAAAUAAAAAGAUUCGAAAAAGCUUUGAUUUUCCUCAAAUAAACGAAGAAAGGUAA